CAGACAUUUUUCAGUUUCACUUUCUCCACAAACAAAGGGAGGAACCGUGUAACGGACAAACACUACAUUUGUGAGCAGACUUUGUAGAAACUGAUCUAUUUAGCUGAGACUGUGCAGGUGAACGUAUACGGUUUGUUUCCCUGAACGAAAGUGACUUGGACAACAGCAAAAUGGGUGUUGAUGGAUGUCCAAAAUGUAUUAAAUACGCCAUGUUUAUCUUGAACUUUAUCUUCUGGAUUGCCGGGACAGGCGUCUUGGCUAUUGGACUCUGGCUGAGGUUUGAUCCCAAGACUAAAAGCUUGUUUGAAGGAGAGAACUCCCCUUACGUCUUCUACACAGGUGUGUACAUCCUUAUUGCGGUCGGAGCGCUGAUGAUGGUGGUUGGUUUUUUUGGAUGUUGUGGUGCCAUCCAGGAGUCCCCUUGCAUGCUGGGAUUGUUCUUCUUCUUCCUGUUGGUGAUCUUUGCGGUCGAGGUGGCUGCUGGAAUUUGGGGCUUUUCUAACCAGACCAAGGUUACUGACGAUAUAACGACUUUCUACAAGGAAACAUACAAUAACUACCAACAAACCAAACAACCAGCUCUGAAAGAAACACUCCGUCUCAUCCAGCAUGGACUUAACUGCUGUGGACCGUCAGGAAACGCCAAGGAUGUUCUUGAAGAGACCUGCCCGGGAAAAGAGGGGCUUGAUUUUCUCAUUACAAAGAGCUGCCCUGAUGCCAUUGAUGAAGUCUUUAACUCCAAACUUCAUAUUAUUGGAGGCGUUGGAAUCGGCAUUGGAGUGAUCAUGAUCUUCGGCAUGAUCUUCAGCAUGAUGCUGUGCUGUGCCAUCCGGAAAACCCGGGAGAUUGUGUGAGGGUCCGCUUGCCUGGGAAACUGCCAGUAUAUUUGUGUUGCAUGAUGUCUGUCCCAAAGCACUGUCUUGAACAUGACCUCAUCAGCUAAGAGCCAGUUAGAUCACAGCGUCAGGCACACGUCUCUGAUUGACUGGAAUUCACUCUUUUUCUUAGUGCAGCUGUAUCACUGGUUCAGUCACGAGUAAUGAGAGAAAAGGGUUGGUUUAGCAUUCCAAGCCCAUUUGAAAAGGCCUUUAAGUCUGACUUUUUAUAUUUUUUUAUCGUUCAUAAUAGAUUUUAAGGAUUAACCAUUUGUUCGCUUUAUUGUACUCGCAGUACUGCUUGAUAUAAAUUGUUCUUGAACUUUUCUAAUGUUUUGUUUCUGAUUUGUGAAUAUGGUCGGUUGAUUUACCCACAUCGGCUCAAAUAAAAGCCAAAUUAUUCGUGAA